UCCUUCACUUUUAAAAGAGGAUCAUAAUAUUUCCCUCUCAGAUUUGUUGUAAAGCUAGUGGAAGAAAAAAGAGCUGUGUUUGUGAAUUGUGUUAUGUAUGAGCAGAGACAUGAGCCCCCAGAGGAUGAAAGAGACUUCAUUCAUGUGUGUUCCUAGCUGAAGCCCCACCAGCAUCAUCACAGACGGGCCCCUCAAAUUCAGCUGUGAGCGUAAGUAUCCACCGACUGACAUUAAAUACCAGUGAUUGCUUUUACUGAGUCAGCAGAAAACCAGAGAAAGGGAGCAGCAGCAGGCUUGGAGAGGAAGACCAGGAAGUCUGAGCUGGACACGCUGUAUUGGAGAAGCCUCACAGACAACUAGAUGGCGGUCAAGUUGGUGACUGACUGUGUUUGGAGUUCAGAAUGAAGGUCGUCAGUGAGGCUGACCAACGAUCCCAAUAGAUUCACGGGUUGGAAAUCUCUCUGAGGACUACAUCCAAGAAAGGAUGGAAGAAUAUUUGAAAUGGUGAGUACGGCACCUCUUUGAAGAGUUUUUGUAUUAAGGGGGGCAGAGCAAUAACUCGGUGGAGGGCUUAUAUGAGGUCAAGAAAGUGUUUUGCGUUGUUUUUUUUGAAAUGAGAAAACAUACAGCAUGCUUGUUGCUGAAGCAAACGAUGCAGUCAAAGCGGGAAAAUUAGUUCAGGCAAGAGAAGGGCCACAGAGCCAUCUCCCUGAGUGGGCCGAGGGGUGGCUGAAGUGUGCUGCAUGAACGGAACGAUAGAGGACACCGGGGACGUGGAGAAAAGGUCAGAUUACGUGACAAAUAAACGGAACAGGGAUAAUCCUACGGAAGGAGGUUCAGUGUACGCAGGCCAGCUCCCAGCAGGCGCUGCCCAAGCAGAGGUGCCCAGGCAGGAAUGCACCUUGUAUGUGUAGGGAGAAACCAGUGUGGUCGAAGCUGAUGUGCUACACACCACAGAAGUGAAAGAAACUUGGUUUAGUGGAAAUCGUAGAGCGCCUUCGAUGCCAGCCUGAAGAAUCAAGGCAUCCGUGCUUCCUCCUGAUUGGUGUGUCCCAUUCUCCAGGGUUGCUAAGUGAUGUAUUCCAGAGUUCUUGACUCUGAACUUCAGCUGCUGCCUGCCACAGGCCCUUUUCACGCCAUGGCUAACACCCGUGCUUAUGUGCAAUGCUGGAUGUGGCUUUGCCACUAUUUUGUGGGGCUGUAUCGGCGCCUGAAGAAGUUCUGGAAUGUCACCAUUAACCACUUUUUCACAAAGGAGAGGGAGGAAGAUGUCCCUUCGGUUGAGAGUAUUUUUCACAAAGAAAAAAUUGUGGUGCUUGGCCAUUUAUUAAAGAAUGAAUCUCUAGCCAUUGAGAAGAGGGCUCAAGCUGCGUAUAGAAUCGGACUUCUGGCCUUCACGGGUGGACCGACUGCUGGGAAGUUCGCCACCGAGUACAUGAAGGAAGUGGCUCAUUUGUUGAGAGAUCACGAGAUGCCGCCCAAGGCCAAGGUCUUGCUGCUGCAGAGUAUAGCCUGCUGGUGUUACUUGAACCCCGUGAGCCAGAAAAGAGCCAAACGUUUGAAGUUUAUUCCCAUCCUCACUGAGAUUUUUGAGGACAAACUCGACUCCACCGUCAAAAGUGAAAUAAACAGCAGCCUCCUCGUUAAAUUUUGGACUUGCUACGUGCUCUCCGUCAUGACGUGCAAUAACCCGUCUUGUAUGAAGGAACUUAGAGACUACAAUACCCUGAAAUACCACUUGCAAAUACUGGCGACCGAGAACUGGGCUGGGUGGCCUGAGAAUUUCGCGGAGGUGCUGUAUUUCCUAGUUGGUUUUCACAGGAAUUAAUGUCUCUCGAGGCGGGUGCCCAGUGCAGCUGACCAGGCUGCUGCGGUAGCUGGAAAGUGGAAAUAAAUUAAUAGAAAGU